CUCCACGAGCCGGAUGUUCUCCGUCCCCUUUCCCUGGAAACCCCUUCAAUAAACCUCGUACCUAUUGCUCCAAGUUUGUGUCCUGCGUUUGGGUCCUUCCCUUGUUGCACGCGUGACAGAACGAUCUAGCCACCAUGGGCCCUGAGGACUAUGACGUUUUGAAGACUGCAAUCUCCAACCAGGGACAGCGUUUGGGUUAUCAGGAGCACACGCUGCAAACCGUUGUGGAUCAGUCGAGGGACAUCACCUCCACACUGGCAACGCUCUGUUUCCAACAGACCCAAGCUGUGGCAGCAACCUCUGCUCAGCAACCAGUAGCUGCCCAACAAGCUCCUCAUGCCUCUCCAGUUUCUGAGCCUCACAUCCCACCCCAUCCAAGUAUUCUGGUGACCCCAACACCUGCCUGUGUGCUCGUGGAAAGUCCUCUCACCGCCCACCUGCUGGUCUGCUCCGCCCCUUGCCCAUUCCCAGCCGUCCAUGGUCCCACAUUGCCCUCGAUUUCGUCACGGGUUUACCCCUGUCCCAAGGUGUGGAGAGCAUUCUGCCGAGCUCUUGCCGCCACGGUGAGCCUCUCCUCUGAUUUCCACCCCAGACUAACGGCCAGACCGAGCGCGCCAAUCAGGAUCUGGAAGCAGCUUUUCGCUGUGUCACCGCCAGGAAUCCCUCCUCCUGGAGCUCCCAACUCGCCUGGAUUGAGUAUGCCCACAACUCUGUCCAGCGCUGCAACCGCUAAGUAGGUGAUGAUUACCUGAUUGGCUGGCCUAUCAGGAGGAAGGGCCUUCAUUAAAGGAGGACCAGGAAGAGCUGGCCUGCUCUCUUCAGCCUGCUCUCUUCAGCCUGAUUCGUGGUCGAAUGCUGACGUCCUUGACCAAGCAAAUUAUAUACUAUUCUAUGUGUGAAAAUAUCAAUAUAUAACAUGUGUGGUGUGAGGUUGUUGAUUC